AACUGUUUGUUCGCUUAAUAGCCUCUGUUUACCGUUCAAAUGCUCGACCCAUUGCAUAUAAGAGCACCCUGCCUCAAGUUAGCCCACCAUUUGUCAGUGUUUCCACGCUUUAUCAGAUAUAGUUUUACCUAAGCAAACUAUUUUCGAACUUGAAGUACACACGAGCAAUCAACGUGACAAGUAUUUCAAAUAUACGUGCGCCAUUUGAACAAAUUGCAGACAAAUUUGGUUCCUUAUAUUACCAAUUCUAAUUCACUUAUUCGACAAAUCUAGUUUGAAUUUGCCCAAUGCGGGCUAAGUUUCCUCAAAAGCAAAUCGGAGUCCAAAUAAAAUUGCAAAGGCUUUGAGCCAGAUUUCAAAUAAGCAGAUUAUUAUUCUUUCCAAGACAUUAACUAACCUCGGGACACUGAAUUUUCUCUAAAUUAGAUUUAUAUUUGACCCUUCAACGAAAAAUAACGAGAAAAUGAAGAUACCGAAUAGCCUUUUGGUAGCUUUUCUUCGCUGCUGUAAUUUACUUUUUAUUACCCUUUUCAAUGAAUCUUCAACAACAACUGUAUCGCCUUUUCUGCGAGACCAAAUCCCGAAUCAAGUUUUGAGCCUCGAUGCAUCCAAAAUAUCUUCGUCUAGUCUCGAAAUACCUUCGCUGACAUCCAUAGCUAGCAAUUCUACAAACAUUAUCGUCGGAUCGAAGGGCGCAAUUUAUACUAGUUCAUUUGAAUCAGAUCGCCUGGCACUGAAACAAAUAGAGUUCACGGGUCUCUCGUGUAACGGACGAAGCGAUCCCACUUGUUACGAAGCUUCUCGGAUUGUUCGUAAAGGCGACACGUGGUAUAUUUGUGCUAGCAAAGAGAGCGAUGUCGAAAUCCAGAGAUAUGCUCUGUCGGACAAAGACCAGCUAACUGAACUAGCAGAUUCAGCUAAGGACGCUGCGUUUUAUUGUCCGAUCCACCGAACAAAGUUCCUGGCCUCAGAUCUCCCGAAAACAUCCAUCGUAAUGAAAUCUAAGAAUCCCGGUCUUUCAAUAGAAAAACUUUUCCAGGGUGACUCGAAUAUCAAAGUGCAAACUGCAGACAUUCUAGAACAAGUGAUUCGAUUGGUCAGCGAGUUCCAACAUCAAGAUGAGACUUGGUUCGUGUAUGUGGCACAGGAUCAGAAAGAUGGAGCAACGGCCAAGUUAGCCAAAGUAUGCAAUUCGGACGACGGAUACUUGACUAAAGUCGGUUAUAUGAAACUCACGACUUGGACUUCUCUCGCCUUUUUGACACUAGGAUGCUUCAUACCCGGAAGCCCCGAGUUCGUUUUCAACGAAAUGAAAGACGCCUACUUCGAUAGCAAAUCGCAAAAAAUGUUUGCCACUUUCACAACUUCAAAAAAUAAUAUCCCAGCUUCGGCAAUUUGCCAGUUUGACAUAGCCGAAAUUUACAAAAGACUCCGUGGCGACCGUACCGAAGAAUUUUCACCGUCAAACCGAUCCAUUAAGGUGCCUGACAAAGAAAUUCUUCACUCUUGUCAGGAUCCUGAAUUUUUCCCGGACGACGCCAAAAAAUACUUGGUUGAUAAAAGAAUUAUCAAAGAAGCGUAUCGUCAGGAACCGAUUUUUACAAUUAUGCGAGAAAACUUCAAACUCGACAAAAUUGGCGUCGAAACCAUGUUAGAUGAAAAUGAGAUGCCGACUUCAAAUGUUUUUCACAUUUCAACUGACUUUGGCUCAGUUCUGAAAGUGUCCUACAACGACGAAACAAAAAUUGCCGAUUGGUUAGAAGAUUUUCGAGUCAAAAAUCCCUCUGAGUCGAAUAGAAAGAGCUACUACUCAUUGAUGACGUUGAAAAACAAUGCGCUUCUGCUGGCUUCAAAAGAAGGAAAUAUUGUAGAACUUCCCUCAACUAGUUGUGACACUGUAAAAAGUUGUAGAGGUUGCUUUAAACUGGCGGACCCAAGAUGUUUCUGGUACUCGGGCGCUAAAACCCCUGGAUGUCGCUCAUUCGUCAACAUUUCCGAGCCCGAGAUGUACCACUCGGUUCUCUUUACCAAGCCCGACUCGCUCUGCCCAAAAGAGCCAGUGGUCACCCCGUUUGUACCUUCCGGUUCUUCGGGUCCGUCAAGGACUCCAUGCUUCGGAGCAGACUGUCCCGACAACAUUUACACGACUGCAGUCAUCGGGGACAAUCAGAAGUCAGGCAUGUCUCAGUUUUUAGAAAAUAAAACUACCUUUGCUCUAGUGGUCGCUGCGCCUACAUUUAUUGUGGGAUUGACCUUGGGAAUGAUGGUUCUGUUUCUUUAUGCCUACUGCAAAGCCAGGAAUACGACCACACUUGCAGAUCACCAUGACCAGGGAAUGUAUGACCCCGAAUACUCGAAAGAUACCAAUGUGUACGAAGACCCACCAACUCCUCAGAACGUCAUGAUGCACAACAAAUUACACCACACACUUCCAGGCAUGGUUCCCAAGACUUCAAUGGCGCCACAGUACUUCUCAAGUAACAACCAUCGUGGAUUCGACAAAGACUACGACCUCAUCAACGGACUGAACAAAGACCACAUGAUGAACGGAGGCUCGCCUAUGCUGCAACAAUCUAUGUCCCAUCCGAAUGGGCACGUUAUCAUGCCCAUGCCAGAUCAAAGUGGACUAGGUCUCAUGCACUUCAAUGCCAGUAACGGGUACAUGGCGGCACCAACAAUGCAGCAAAUGGUUGCGAAUGGGAGUAUCCAAAGCGGCGCUCCGUACCCUCCUCCGGUUCCCAGACGUCCGAGGAACAUGUCCUCGCACUCGACUUCCAGCGAAGGAAUAGAACCUACAAUGAUGGUGGACUCGUCAUCCUUGAGUCGAACCCCUCGCGACGACAACCGACUAAUCUACCAAGUGCCGAGAGGCAACAAUCGUUUUUCGUCUCACGAAUACGAGUUUGGAGACACGAACUUUUCUACUAUUCCCGAAAACGAAACAUCCCCGAUGUUGUCGCAGUACAACGAGACCGAGCAGCACAACAGCUUGUGCCGCGGGAAAACGCUUCCCCGAAAUGGAAACGGUACUGGAGGCGGAGGGGGGUUACCCGACCAACACUUAGACGACAACUCGUUGCACCACAACUCGUUACCAAGACAGGUAAUUAACAGUGAUCCGUCUCAAGCUAACAAAUACGUGUCGUCAUCAACAACAGAUUACUAUCUUCUGCCUUUGCCGUCUUCAAACUUACCCACACCAUCUAACUCACUUCAAAGACCUGUAAAUAAUUACAAUUCUAACAAGACUGAUGAUAGGAGGCGCUCCUCUCUUUCCCCGGUUAAAGAGCGCUCCUCGCCCUUGACUGAUUUCCCACCGCCUCCCGAUGAGUUACUGGACUCACCGGAUCACAUUUACAGCGACGCUCCCUACUCUUUGGAGGCUCCGGAUCAGUUUGACGUGCAGGAACCUCCUAUGAGCGGAAAGUCAAAGUCACCUUCGAAGGAAAGUUCCAAAUGGAUUUUCCACAUACCCAUAAUUGGUGCUCUCAAAUCAAAAGCCGAUUCUUAAACUCUGCUUAUUGAUAUUUCGGCUAAUGUUCCUCUCACUCGAAUUGUCAUCUGUCUCUAAAAUUUCUCAAUAUUACUCACCUGGCCGAUUUGAUUUCAAAAUCGAAUAUGUUUUUAUUUUUGUACCAAAGUUUGGAGCCAGGAACUGCAAUUAUUAUCUGCACAGAUGCUAAGGAAAUAACAAUACGUUGUAAGACGAUAAAAUUGAGUAGAUAAUCUGAAUAAUUUCAGCAAGUAGAACGACGAAGCAGCGUGAACAACCCUAGUCCCAAAGAGAACCAACCAAACUUUUACCCCAAUAUCACGCUAGUAUUAGCUCAAAACGGCAGUAUUCACCGUCCCACGUCUA